AUCCUCCUUGUCUCCAAUCUAUAGAGAUAGAUUUAGUGUAAGGCCUAGGCCUAUUUACAGAAGGUCAAAAUGGUUACUUAUAAACAGGACUUACCACCUGAGGGGGGGUUUAGUCCGUUUGAAUGGGCUGCAAGAGGCCCUAAAAGACUAUUUAAUGGUUACACCCAAAUAGGACUUUUUGUAGGCUUUACUGCAGUUUCAUGGGGUUUUUUUUUGAGAUGGCAAGCCAAUAAAAGGGCUAUUGAUUUAGAAAUGAGAGAUGCACGAUUAGCAGUAGAACCUAUACUGGAGGCUGAAAGAGAUAGAGAAUUUUUGAAGUUAUUGAGAAGAAACAGAGAUGAAGAGAAUGAAUUAAUGAAAAAUGUAAAAGGCUGGAAGACAGGCACGCUAUGGGGAGAGCCAGUGUAUCACAACCCAGGAGGUCACUUUAUCUUACCAAUCUAUGAAGAGUUGUGUGCACACAUGAGUACUAAAGACAAGAAUGAAAUGUUCUUGGACCAUAUGAAAAGAAAUGUCUAAGGCUGAAAUACAACUGUUUGCUAUUUAAUUAAUUAAAAUCCUAAUUAUUUUGGCUUGAUGUUUUGUAUUUUUAUCUAAUUUUAUGAAUUAGCUAAAUAAUGUGCAGUUAUGAGUUAGGUUACAUAAUAAUGAAAAUAAAUAAUGUAGCUAUUUCUGUGAAUUAAUCAGUUGAGCAUGUCGCAUGAAUGAAUCAAUAUGUGGUGAAUCUGGCCUUCAAUUUCAAUAGCAAAAUGUGUUUAGAGAAACUGAAUCGUUUUAAUAAAUAUUUUUGAUUCAUUUA